UGUCAUGCAGUAUAGCAGUUGUGUAGGGCUGACUGCGUUUCUCUCUAGCGGGACUCUUUAUGUGUCACUGUUGUGCGUGCUGCAGUGACAAUGGGAGCGAAUGUGUGACUGUGCAUGUAGGGGUGGGGAAAAGAGAGGGAGAGAGAGAGAAAGCGAGUCGCUAGAAAGAGAUAGAGCGCGUACACGAGGCAGGAGGCGCUCCCUCUAAUCCCGGCUGCGACGCCAAACAGCAUUGCACCGGCUGUUACAAUAGUCUUAAUGGAGGCUCAGGCAGACUCUGGUGCUGCAGAGCCACUUAGAGAUCGAGAGUUCCAGAAGCUUCUGAAGUCCUCCAGCUCUGCCAGUCUCACCAGCGAGGCAUCCCACAAUGCCUCAGGAGAGCAUGUCGGUACCCCGUCACAUCAUGGCAGCCAGGUGCUGAUCACAGAGAAACGACAGCCUCUCAGCAGUGUGUCCUCUCUGGAGGUACACUUUGACCUCCUGGACCUGACGGAGCUGACAGACAUGUCUGACCAGGAGCUGGGGGAGGUGUUUGCAGAUUCAGAUGAGGAGAACCAUACAGAAUCCCCAGCAAUUUAUCCCGCAGAUCGCCAGCAGCCACCAUUACCUAGAUUUCCACACAGCGGUUACGUCCGUUCACCCUCCUGGACCCGCGGUGGAAAAGGGGAACAGCAACCAAGAGAUCGAAAGCACCACAGUGACUCCGAAAACACAGAACCAAUGUUGAAGAUAGAGCGCUCGCAAUCCCAGCAGCCUUGAGCCAGGGACAGCUACAGGGGCUUAUAAAGAAAAUAAAGCCCUUGUGCGGAAAGUGGAGGUUCCUUCUUAAACAAGAAGAUGAGGAACUCUUGGGAUCCCACCUAAAGAUAAUGCAAUCCCUUUGUCCAUUAUGGACAAGAAGAGAGCUCCAAAAAGCUGGGGUAAGUGUAGACUCUUCCUCAAGAUGGAACAGACUUCAUCCAACUAGGAUUUUGGAACGCUCCUUUGGGACCGAGUUACUUUCAGUCUUCUCCAUGUGACUUCUGCAUAUGGAGAACUUGAAGCAUGAUGUAGCAUUAUGGACAACACUGGCUCAAGCAAAGUGAAUCUAAGGAGCAACUGAGGAAUUCCUCAGUGAUUCGAAUAUUCAAGGAACUGUUUAAAGAACAGCGCGAUGUCUCGAAACAGCAACUGUGAUAAGACAUUUCUAAAGAACCUACAUAGUUCAAGACAAGGCAAUGCAGAGAAGUUACAAGAAUUCCCAACAAAAGUGUCCUUCGAGGAGAAUCUGCAUGAAAAUAGGGAAACCCAGAAACAAAGUGAAAAAAUCCUGUAAAAAAUUCAUGCCUUAGGCCUGAAACAUACCCUGCACAAGUACAUGAAUGCAGACACUUUGAGCUACACAAGAUUGAUUUGACACACUUUGCGUUUCAGAAUUUGUCAGAAGAGAAUUCAUAUUGCACUGGGUUCUCACCUUCACCGACCUAGUAUUAGCAUGAACCUGUGGAGCUUGAUAUGGAAGGCCACUUUCUAUGGACUUUAGCUCCAACCUGCCCCAACAUAUUAGAUAGAAUUGGAUAACCCUGCAUAAGCAGUUUUCCCUGGUCAGUUUUAUCCUUUAAGGCAGUGCUUUCCAACCCUGCUCAUGGAGACACACCAACAGCACACAUUUUUAAACACUUGCUGAAUCAAAUACACUUGAUUAAUCUUCUCAGCUCAUUAGUACUGCAAAACCUGAACGGAUAAGUCAGAUAAGGGAUACAUCGAAAAAGUGAUGGUGCUGGUACUGUUGGUGUGCCUCCAUACAUAGUGUUGAAUUGGAGCAUCCUGCUGAAUGUGUUCUUUUACUUUCGACCAACGUUUUGUUGGUAAUUAUUGCCCCCUUGAGUACUGAGAACGCACAUUGCAUAUGUACAGCAAGACCACACAAGCAUUCUGACUGGUGUAGAAUAUGUUUCUGGCCUAAUUAAUGAGUACAGCAAGUUGCACUUGAAUUGAUGAAAGGGAGAAUAAUCUUUUAGCAAUAUGUUUUUAACCACUCUGUAUCGUUCAAUGUCAUUAAUAAUUUCAAACAUUCAAAGCCUGAUCCACAUAUAAUCCUAAAAGUAAAAAAAAAGCUAUUGGGUGGGAAUUCCAAAUGCAAACCCCUGAAAGUACAAUUCUGUUGUACAAAUUUCUGGACUAUCAAAAAAAGUUGUACUGCAUUUGUCAUCAGGGUUAUUACAGGGUUCAACGAUGUCAAGCAUGAUCUAUACACAGGGUCACAUUGGAGAAGAAAUUUACAAACUACCAGAAUCAUUAACAAGUCUGCCAACUCAAGGAGGUCAGAAAUCUAACAGGAAUAAACGUGAAAUGUCAAAGAUCA